UUGGCCCCUCCUUCGCACAAGGAAUCCAUGGGUUCAAGCGGUCGACGGAGAUGGCUUAUCAGGCAUGCACACGUCCCAGCACUUCUGCAUCUCAGCUUGCCGUUUCGGACUUGAGGCGGCAUCUCAACUGGUCAUUGCAUCCACGAUUCUCGUGUCCGAGCCGUCUUCCUCGCUGCAAAACCCUUCCUGCCUGGUCUCGUCCCCCGCUGAUAUCGUCAGAAGAUGCUCGCGAUCAAUGAUACACCUCGCCCGCAAGCUGCGCGAAUGCCUGGGUAUCACACCGAGAAGCGCUCGUGGCCGGGCCAUGUGUUUGUCUGCUAAGCUCUUAUCGUCUGGGAGACCCUGCGGGCCCGUUCCGUCGACCUCGCGUGCUGUGCAGGCCACAUAUGACUCGGCGGAAGAUGCAGAGAUGCUCUCGUCGCUCAUUCGAGCAGUCUGAGGCUGCGGGCAGCAUGCGGAAGAAGUUUGCUCGUUUAACUUCGACGCCGUCCGCUCUUACGAUACAGUCUGGGACAUAAAAGAGGGGAUUUGAAACUGCGGGGACAGUCGUCCUCUGGAGAUGUCUGCCGCCGCCGCCGCCGCCUCUGUCUUGUCGAUUCUCGCUUUCAGCGCCUCGGCGGCUGGAUUCGAUAUCAGUCGAAAUGACAAUUUGGCUGUAUACUGGGGUGCGUCUGUCCACCUCCACGAGCUUCGUGUUUCUGAUGACCACAGGCCAAACUCGUAUGGCGUGACCAACCCCGGAAAUCCGUCGCAAUGGCAGCAGACGAUCUCGUCGUACUGCCAGGACGACGUCAUCGACAUCAUCCCCAUCGCCUUCCUCGACGUGUUCGUCUCGACCGGCGGGCUGCCCGAUCUCAACCUCGCCAAUAUCUGCAGCGCGACGGGCGGCACCUUCGCCGGCACAGGCCUGGCCGACUGCCAGUUCUUGGCGGCGGGGAUCGAGGCGUGCCAGGCCAGAGGGAAGAUCGUCACGCUCAGUCUCGGAGGCGCAAGCGGCGCCGCGUCGUUCAGCUCGGAUGCCCAGGGCACCGCAUUUGCGAACACGAUCUGGGACCUGUUUCUCGGCGGCAGCAGCAGCACGCGUCCAUUCGGGACCGCAGUCCUCGACGGCGUCGACCUCGACAUCGAGGGUGGCGGUCCGACGGGAUUUGCCGCGUUCGUGAACCAGAUCCGGGCCCUGGCCCAGGGUGCGAGCAAGCGCUACUACGUGACCGCGGCGCCGCAGUGCCCGUAUCCCGAUGCGUACAUCGGCGGUGCCUUGAAUGCCGCGUCCUUUGAUGCUGUAUUUGUGCAGUUCUACAACAACUACUGCGAGUUAACUGCCUAUCCCACCCAAUGGGACUUCGGGAGCUGGGACACCUGGGCGAAGACGGUCUCGCCCAACCCCGACGUCAAGGUCUUCAUCGGCGCACCAGCCGCGCCGCGCGCCGCCAACAACGGCUACGUGUCGGCGGCGGCACUGGGGUCCAUCGCGCUGGCUGUGCGGCAGCAGUACUCCAGUUUCGGCGGCGUCAUGCUGUGGGACGCGUCGCAGGCCUACGCGAACGGGCGCUUCGAUGCCGCGGUCAAGUCGCUCAUCGCUGAUACAUCUGGUGGCGGAUCCGGAACGACCAGUAGUACUACUAUCCACACGACGACGACUACUUCCACAGCGACCACGACCACGAUCUCGAAACCACCGACGACCACGACCACGACCACUUCGAGAACGACGACAACGACAACGACAACGACAACGGCAUCCGCUACCUCAGGUAGCUGUGCUGGUGUCGCGGCAUGGAACGCUCAAUCGGCCUAUCAAGGCGGCUCGUUGGUGACUUCAGGCGGCCAUCUCUGGCAAGCAAAGUGGUGGUCCGAGGCUGACGUCCCCGGCGGGGCCGCAGGCGACUGGACUGAUCUCGGCCCGUGCACGAAUGCAGCAGCGCGCAUGCCCGCAACCGCAGUCAACGCCCAAGCGACGAGCGCUGCGAGGGCAGCCGAAACAGGCAGACGGCAUGGCAGAGAAUUCAAAUAUUAAUUAGUGCAAGUCCUUUGUAUGUACAGAUUAUCAGUAGCUCAACGGAGGGUGUCAUUCAUCAGUCCCUUGCCUCACAGGCGCAGUCACACCAUCGCAUCAUGAUCAUCCUGGGUGAUCCAGCAACGACCCGCCGGCUCGACCGCCCCCGCGCGCCUUCGCCGCACAAAGCUCCCAGCGACCGCCCAAAAGUCGCUCCCCCCGCGACAUCCCCUGAGCCAGUCGCGCUGGUACGCGUGGAACGACGGGUCGAGCAUGACCAGCACGAACCGCACAUCGCCGAUCGCGAGCCGGGCGCCGAUGUCCGCGAGGGACCACUCCGGCGCGGUGUCGACGUGCAUGUUCACGAGGACCUCGAGCUGGGUGCACCCCGCGAGGACGCACAGCAGCUGCGCGCGGUGCACGAAGGAGUGCAGACACAGGUGCGUCAGCGCGGGAAGCGCCCCGAUGCCGCACAGGAGCUCGCUCUCGGGCUCGCGGUGGAUCCGGUCCAGCACAGCCAGGUGCGUGACGCGCCUGAACACCGCUGCGUGUCUCAGGUUCCGGAGGAUCUGCCCGUUGUCGAACAGCCGCGACAGGUUCACGCAGAACCGCCGCAGGUGCAGCUGCUUGCGCAGGCCCGGCAGCAGCGCCGGGCUGCCGCUCAUGAGCACGAGAUUCGUGAGGCUGAGACUGGCGCCGAGGACGAAUGAGACGUGGCGGGGCGGCCGGGGUGAGGCCGGAACGAAC